UUCUUCUUGAAAUUCUUCCUCAAGUGCAAUCAGAACUGCUUGAAGAAUGCAGGAAACCCACGAGACAUGCGCAGAUUCCAGGUAACUAACACAAAAACACAUUCAGACAUUUCCUCCUAUCUGACCUCCUCAUGUAUGAAUAUUCUCUCUCUCUCUCUCUCUCUCUCUCUCUCUCUCUCUAAUUUUCUAGGACAACAUUCACACUGUUUAAAACUAGAUUUACAGCACAUAGCAGCUUGUGAUAAUCUGCCACAAUAAAAAAGAUACAGGCCUCUGUAUCUUUCAGGUUAUAUAUUGUAGUUCUACAGUAUAUAGAUGUAUCUAAGAGCAAGUGGAUCUCCUUGAAAAUAACACACAGCUUGGCAGGUCAUUUUUCAUGCUGUGUCCGGUGCAAGUGGCACUGCUAAUAUUGAUCCAUGAGCGGAGAGCAGAAGGUCAAACACAGAGUGACUGGUAGUCUCCUCUCUGUCUCCAUGGUCACUAAACCCAGAGUGACUGGUAGUCUCCUCUCUGUCUCCAUGGUCACUAAACCCAGAGUGACUGGUAGUCUCCUCUCUGUCUCCAUGACCACUAAACCCAGAGUGACUGGUAGUCUCCUCUCUGUCUCCCGACCACAAACCCCGAGUGACUGGAAGUCUCCUUUUCGUUCCACGGUCACUAAAAACCCCGGUGGGCUGGGUCUCCUCUCUGCUCCACGGUCACUAAAACCCGAGGAUGGUAGUUCCUCUCCCCGUCUCCAUGACCACCCAAACCCAAAAGGACUGGUUUGUCCUCUCUGUCUCCAGGGCCCCCUAAAACCCCGAGUGACUGGUAGGUUUUUCUUUGUCCCCAAGACCAAUAAACCCCGAGGGGGGUGGUUUGUCUUCUCUUUCUCCAUGACCAAUAAACCCAGAGGGAAGGUAGUCUUCUCCGUCCCAUGGCCUAAAAACCCCGAGUGAUGGUGUGCCCCUCUGUCUCCAUGGGCACUAAACCCAAAAGGACUGGGAGGGGCUCCUAUCUCCCCCCUGGGCAUAAACCCAGAAAGGAAAUGGUAGUUCCUUUUCUUUUUUCUCCCUGGUCACUAAAACCCCGAGUGAAUGGUAGUCUCCUCUCGGUUUCCCUGACCAUAGAAGAAGUCCCUCACCGCCCGGGUCUCGGCUCAAAAAAUAGAAAAACCCGUAAAGGGGACGGGAUGGAGGGGGGGAGAGGACCUUUUCCUUCCCUUGUCCGUGGGCUCCAGGGUCUCACUCUAACUAAUUUCCCCGUCUCCCUCAAGGUUUAAGUGGACUUAACAGCAUGUCAGGGCCCUCAGCACCAUUUCCACCAAGUUUCAGCUAAAAAACUUAGGAGAUUUUUCUGUGGGUGGUUUUGGGGUUUUCCGAGCGGGGGAGAGAGAGAGGAGAGAGGGAAAAACCAGGAGAGAGACGAAGGGGGGAAGUGUGAACUGCCAUUCAAACCAAAAGGAAAGGGGAGUUACUUUUUUCAUCCCAAAAACUCGUUCUCCUUAAAAAAAAAAAGGGGGGGGGGGGUUUUUUUUUGGGGGGAAAGGUUUCCCAAAACGGAAACUCUCCCCUUCCCCUCUCUCUCUUCUAUCUCCCUUCUUUUCCCCCCCCCUUUUUUUUCUCUCUUCUCCUCUUCUUUUCCCUUUUCCUGACAGUCCCCAGAAAAAAGCGUGAGAUGGACAGUCCAGUACACAAUUUUUUUUGUACUUUUAAAUUUUGAAAAUAAUGCCUUUAAGGGGGGAGCUAAAGGGUCGCCCCCGGGCAUUUUAAAAAAAAGAAUACAAGGAACUUUACUAUUCCCCAUAAUUCAAAAAAAAUGAAAAAAAGCCCCCAAAAAGCCCAGAAAAAAAAUCCCGUCUUUCCCCCUUUUUAAUGGUCGAGUUUAAGAAACCUCUCUUGGGCCCCGGGUUAAACGUUUUCCCCCAAGCGGGUUUAAAAGGGUUUUUUCCCGAAAGUUUUUUCAAAGAGGCUUCCCACCCUGGUGUUUCCCUUUGGCAAAGGGCGAAACUUCCGAAAGCCUCCUUUCCCCCCUUACUUCCAAAAGCUGCGUUCCCAAAAGGGGCCCAUUCCCCCACCCUAGUGCCCUAAUUUUACCCCCGGGGGCCUAUGCACUAUGUAGGGAAAGGCCCCCAUUUUUUGGGGGCUUGCUACCCACGGCCCCCAGCGGGAAAAACCCGGGGGGGGGAGCUCUAUCCCUCAUUCCCUCCACGGCCCCCGGGUCGAACCUUUGGCACAAGAAUGGAGCCCUUUCACUCCUAAAAAAAACAGAGAGAAAAAAGAGGGGAGGCGAAUUCCAUUGGGCAUACCGGGUCAACACCAAACCCGAAGAACCUGAGAGGAGAGGAGAGAGGGGGAGGAAAAGAAAAGAGGGAGAAGAUUUUUCCCCAGAAAGAAAGAAGGGGACGGAAAGGGGAAGAGAGAGAGAGGGAGGGAAGAGGGACAGAGAGGAGAAGAGGGAAGAGAGAAAGAAGAGGGGAUGAGCCAAAAGAGGCAGAGAGAAGAAAACAGAGAAGGAAGAGAGAGGAGAGGAAAAAGAGAGAGAGGGAAGAGGGGGCCGGGGGGAGCGAGGGAAGAGAGAGAACGGAGAGGGGGGAGAGAGGAGAGGGGAGAGAGAGAGAGAGAGAGGAGCGCUCUGAGUGAAAACACUUCACCCAUUCAUUCAGGGGCCUAUCCAAUCCCUUCCAACCCUCCAUUCACAUGCUAAAACCCUCAUUAUCAGACGUUAAAUGCAUCUGUAUAAUUAGGAUUGUUUACUAAAUAGAAAAGGGAGAAGGAGGUGUGGUUGAUUCUUUCAGGAGGUUUAGGCCAUCCUAUCAGUCAGACAUCCUCCCAUCCAUCCCUCUAGACAUCUCAAACUGCCUCUCUUAAGCUGUCACCCAAAGGGCACCGUAUUCCCUAUAUAGUGCACUACUUUAGGGUAGACCACACUAUGACAGAGGCUGCCGGACUAAUGAGAUGAAACAGCUGAUCAAUGUUAAUAUCAACAGAUCAAUGUGAAUGGUGACUGUUAGAGUGAAGAAGAGGCAGGGGUGGUGAGGCGGGUGUCUGAGAGACUGUUAACGGGCAGAUGGACAACUGGACGGAGUCCCUUUCCAUGUGUAUCUCCUUAAGUGACAGAGGAACUGUAGCUAAAGCCUAGAAGAACCCGCCUCCCGGCUUGAAGAGAGAAAAUGAAUAAAAAGACAGUGCUCUCAUUCGUUCAACGUGGAGAGUGGAGGAGGGUGGGAGAGAGAUGAGUGGCAGGUAUUGCUCACACACCACUCCAAAUGAGAAAAAAAUAUAUUUUAUCGGCGUGUUCACACUUGUAAAUGCAGUGUCUUAUUUUGACAAAACAGCCCUCACUGUCAUAGCAAAGGCUAAUGAAGUGCUUGAAGCAAAACUGGAUGUGCUUUUUUUGUUGGUCUAUUUGGAGAGGAGACGUCCACACUUACAUAUGAAGAGAGAAGAAAUACAACUAGAAUGUUUAUGAUGUGUUUUAAAGAGGCCUCUCACUAUCAUUUCCUGUCGAACUACAGACCUCCACUUUCUUUUUGCUCUAUUUCAAGAGAAGAGCCGUCCACACUAAUGAUGAAGAUAAAAUAAAGAUAGCUGUAAUGUUUUUAAUAUGCUUUAGUUUAGUCUUUUUAAAGAUAGCUGUAAUGUUUUCAAUGUGCCUUAGUUUAGCAUUUUUAAAGAUAGCUGUAAUGUUUUCAAUGUGCCUUAGUUUAGUCUUUUUAAAGAUAGCUGUAAUGUUUUUAAUAUGCUUUAGUUUAGUCUUUUUAAAGAUAGCUAUAACGUUUUUAAUGUGCUUUAGUUUAGAUAAUUUUUAAAGAUAGCUAUAAUGUUUUUAAUGUGCUUUAGUUCAGAAUAUUUUUUAAAGAUAGCUAUAAUGUUUUUAAUGUGCUUUAGUUCAGAGUUUAAAAAAAAGAUAGCUAUAAUGUUUUUAAUGUGCUUUAGUUUAGUGUAUUUUUAAAGAUAGUAAUAAUGUUUUUAAUGUGCUUUAGUUUAGUAUUUUUAAGAUAGCUAUAAUGUUUAUAAUGUGCUAGAGUUUAAAGUAUUUUUUAAGAUAGCUAUAUGUUUUUAAUGUGCGUUAGUUUAUAUAGGCUUUUACACUCUGAGAGUAGAUGCCCACACAUAUGAAGUAUAAUGUAACCAGGUUUUUACUCAUAGACAGUUCUGCUUCAGGGAAGAAUGUAAACAUGUAUACUGUAAGUACUCAGCUACAGCCAGGACAUUAAUGGUGUGAGCAGCGAGCCACCACGCUGGGUGGAAGUAGUUACAACAGCUCUUAUUUUGUUUAGCUACUCAAGGUAUGAAGACAGACUCCUUCCUCUGAUUGGUGUGACAUAAUGUAUUGUCUUUAAUACCAUUACACCCACAGGGACAUGUACCCACCACGAAACUAAAGAAGACAGAGAGAGAGAGAGAGAAACAGCUGCUUUUUUCCAUUUCUUAGCAACAGAAACAAUGGAGGCUGGACUUCAGGACCUCGUACUUUGCAUUAAAUGUGUUUUUUCCUUUAUUGUUCAGAAGUUGUGAAGUGGUUUGUUCUCUGCCCUCUGCAGAGGACAGUAGAGUACAGUCGUGGUCAAAAGUUUUGAGAAUGACACAAGUAUUGGUCUUCACAAAGUUUGCUGCUUCAGUGUUAUGAGAUAUUUUUGUCAGAUGUUACUAUGGUAUACUGAAGUAUAAUUACAAGCAUUCCAUAAGUGUCAAAGCCUUUUAUUGACAAUUACAUUAAGUUUAUGCAAAGAGUCAAUAUUUGCAGUGUUGACCCUUCUUUUUCAAGACCUCUGAUGGCAGCCUAUUCUUGCAUAAGUUUGUCAGAAUUUGUGGGUUUUUGUUUGUCCACCCGCCUCUUGAGGAUUGACCACAAGUUCUCAAUGGGAUUAAGGUCUGUGGAGUUUCCUGGCCAUGGACCCAGAAUUUCGAUGUUUUGUUCCCCGAGCCACUUAGUUAUCACUUUUGCCUUAUGGCAAGGUGCUCCAUCAUGCUGGAAAAGGCAUUGUUCAUCACCAAACUGUUCUUGGAUGGUUGGGAGAAGUUGCUCUCAGAGGAUGUGUUGGUACCAUUCUUUAUUCAUGGCUGUGUUCUUAGGCAAAAUUGUGAGUGAGCCCACUCCCUUGGCUGAGAACCAACCCCACACAUGAAUGGUCUCAGCAUGCUUUACUGUUGGCAUGACACAGGACUGAUGGUAGCGCUCACCUUGUCUUCUCUGGACAAGCUUUUUUCCAGAUGCCACAAACAAUCGGAAAGGGGAUUCAUCAGAGAAAAUUACUUUACCCCAGUCCUCAGCAGUCCAAUCCCUGUACCUUUUGCAGAAUAUCAGUCUGUCCCUGAUGUUUUUCCUGGAGAGAAGUGGCUUCCUCGCUGCCCUUCUUGACACCAGGCCAUCCUCCAAAAGUAUUUGCCUCACUGUGUGUGCAGAUGCACUCACACCUGCCUGCUGCCAUUCCUGAGCAAGCUCUGCACCUUGUGGUGCCCCGAUCCAGCAGCUUAAUCAACUUUAGGAGACGGUCCUGGCGCUUGCUGGACUUUCUUGGGCGCCCUGAAGCCUUCUUCACAACAAUUGAACCUCUCUCCUUGAAGUUCUUGAUGAUCCGAUAAAUGGUUGAUUUAGGUGCAAUCUUAAUAGCAGCAAUAUCCUUGCCUGUGAAGCCCUUUUUGUGCAAAGCAAUGAUGACGGCACAUGUUUCCUUGCAGGUAACCAUGGUUAACAGAGGAAGAACAAUGAUUUCAAGCACCACCCUCAUUUUAAAGCUUCCACUCUGUUAUUCUAACUCAAUCAGCAUGACAGAGUGAUCUCCAGCCUUGUCCUCGUCAACACUCUCACCUGUGUUAACGAGAGAAUCACUGACAUGAUGUCAGCUGGUCCUUUUGUGGCAGGGCUGAAAUGCAGUGGAAAUGUUUUUUGGGGAUUAAGUUCAUUUUCAUGGAAAAUAGGGACUUUGUCAAUUAAUUGCAAUUCAUCUGAUCACUCUUCAUAACAUUCUGGAGUAUAUGCAAAUUGGCAUCAUAAAAACUGAGUACAGUGGCUGAGGUGUCUUUCUAAGGCCCCUGGGUGAUCCCCUGUCCAACUUGUGUAUCUUACCGUAGACAACCAAUGGGGAUAGUCUAAUAUUAACAUGUUAAACAGACAAGAGAAGAUGUAACAGUGUGUUCUAUUUAAAUGUGGCACUCGUGAACUGCAAUAUGUUUUAAAACUAAAGUUAACAUUUCUUACCGGGGACAGGUCAAGGACAGGUCCAGGUAGUCCCUGACUGUUUCAGUCAAUUUUCUUACAUUUGCCAGUGUCACGAACACAACCCUGUAUUUUACUGUAGACCUGAGAAAGGCCUUCCUCCCAUGGCUGUCUCAUGAACACAACCCUGUAUAUUACUGUAGACCUGAGAAAGGCCUUCCUCCCAUGGCUGUCUCAUGAACACAACCCUGUAUAUUACUGUAGACCUGAGAAAGGCCCUCCUCCCAUGGCUGUCUCAUGAACACAACCCUGUAUAUUCCUGUAGACCUAAGAAAGGCCUUCCUCCCAUGGCUUUGUUGUGGUGGCUCAGAUAUUCCUGUUGCUACUGGAAAGUGGUAUAGCAUGCAGUGUUAAAAUACAAAGACUCAAAACACCAUCAUGGUGUAAUGAAACCAUGAAAAGUAGUGCAGCUACAUUAAGCUGAGGCCUGGUGUUUGGAGAGUGUUUUGAAUGGAAACCCAUGUGUUUCAAAACUCCGGCAAAGUUAAAGGGUUUAAUCUCCUUCAAGUUGGUGGCAGCUCAGUUGCCGCUAGUUUUAGUGUUACAAAAGCACUUCAUUUUAAUAGUGUGGCAUGGCCAACAUGACCUGGCUCUGACACAGAUACAUAGACAGACUGUUUUAAUGACUGGCUCCCCCUUUCACUCCUGUUGCAGGUUGUUGUAUCAACAACGGUCAACGUGGACGGUCACGUCCUGGCUGUCUCGGACAACAUGUUUGUCCACAACAACUCCAAGCACGGCAGAAGGGCUCGACGUCUAGACCCUUCUGAAGGUACGGACUCUCCUUAUCUUCAUUAUGGUAGGCACAUUCUACAUGACUUUUUAUUUUUUGAAAAUGACUCUCUAGUUUCCCUGUGAGCACAAGACGUUGAACAGAUGUUGAAAAUACAUAUUUUCAAUGUCGUGUGCUCGCGGGUUAGUUCUUUAGUUCCCUAUCUUUUUCCUCAGGUAGCUUCUCAUCUUUCAGUGGUAGAUUUCAUAAACACAUGUAUAUAAUAAUAAUAAUUAUUAUUAUUGUUAUUGCACUGUGUGCAAUAUGUGCUGUGUCUAUUCAGAUAUGUAUUGAUAGGGCUCUUGCUCAAUGGCUUCUAAAAUAAACCUCAAAACUGCAAUUGAUUUGUGGUGAGGUCUGGUUGCUGUUACUGGGUUCUGUGAGGUCUGGUUGCUGUUACUGGGUUCUGUAGGGUGAGGUCUGGUUGCUGUUACUGGGUUCUGUAGCGUGAGGUCUGGUUGCUGUUACUGGGUUCUGUAGCGUGAGGUCUGGUUGCUGUUACUGGGUUCUGUAGCGUGAGGUCUGGUUGCUGUUACUGGGUUCUGUAGCGUGAGGUCUGGUUGCUGUUACUGGGUUCUGUAGCAUGAGGUCAGGUUGCUGUUACUGGGUUCUGUAGCGUGAGGUCUGGUUGCUGUUACUGGGUUCUGUAGCGUGAGGUCUGGUUGCUGUUACUGGGUUCUGUAGUGUCAGGUCAGGUUGCUGUUACUGGGUUCUGUAGGGUGAGGUCUGGUUGCUGUUACUGGGUUCUGUAGCGUGAGGUCUGGUUAAUGUUACUGGGUUCUGUAGGGUGAGGUAUGGUUGCUGUUACUGGGUUCUGUAGCAUGAGGUCUGGUUGCUGUUACUGGGUUCUGUAGGUGAGGUCUGGUUGCUGUUCUAGGGUUCUGUAGGGUGAGGUCUGGUUGCUGUUACUGGGUUCUGUAGUGUGGGUCUGGUUGCUGUUACUGGGUUCUGUGAGGUCUGGUUGCUUACGGGUUCUGUAGGGUGAGGUCUGGUUGCUGUUACUGGGUUCUGUAGCGUGAGGUCUGGUUGCUGUUACUGGGUUCUGUAGCGUGAGGUCUGGUUGCUGUUACUGGGUUCUGUAGCAUGAGGUCUGGUUGCUGUUACUGGGUUCUGUAGCGUGAGGUCUGGUUGCUGUUACGGGGUUCUGUAGGGUGAGGUCUGGUUGCUGUUACUGGGUUCUGUAGCGUGAGGUCUGGUUGCUGUUACUGGGUUCUGUAGGGUGAGGUCUGGUUGCUGUUACUGGGUUCUGUAGUGUGAGGUCUGGUUGCUGUUACUGGGUUCUGUAGUGUGAGGUCUGGUUGCUGUUACUGGGUUCUGUAGCGUGAGGUCUGGUUGCUGUUACUGGGUUCUGUAGCGUGAGGUCUGGUUGCUGUUACUGGGUUCUGUGAGGUCUGGUUGCUGUUACUGGGUUCUGUGAGGUCUGGUUGCUGUUACUGGGUUCUGUACUGUGAGGUCUGGUUGCUGUUACUGGGUUCUGUAGCGUGAGGUCUGGUUGCUGUUACUGGGUUCUGUAGCGUGAGGUCUGGUUGCUGUUACUGGGUUCUGUAGGGUGAGGUCUGGUUGCUGUUACUGGGUUCUGUAGCGUGAGGUCUGGUUGCUGUUACUGGGUUCUGUGAGGUCUGGUUGCUGUUACUGGGUUCUGUUGAGGUCUGGUUGCUGUUACUGGGUUCUGUAGGGUGAGGUCUGGUUGCUGUUACUGGGUUCUGUAGGGUCAGGUCUGGUUGCUGUUACUGGGUUCUGUAGGGUGAGGUCUGGUUGCUGUUACUGGGUUCUGUAGCGUGAGGUCUGGUUGCUGUUACUGGGUUCUGUAGGGUGAGGUCUGGUUGCUGUUACUGGGUUCUGUAGGGUGAGGUCUGGUUGCUGUUACUGGGUUCUGUAGGGUGAGGUCUGGUUGCUGUUACUGGGUUCUGUAGUGUGAGGUCUGGUUGCUGUUACUGGGUUCUGUAGGGUGAGGUCUGGUUGCUGUUACUGGGUUCUGUAGCGUGAGGUCUGGUUGCUGUUACUGGGUUCUGUAGGGUGAGGUCUGGUUGCUGUUACUGGGUUCUGUAGCGUGAGGUCUGGUUGCUGUUACUGGGUUCUGUAGCGUGAGGUCUGGUUGCUGUUACUGGGUUCUGUAGCGUGAGGUCUGGUUGCUGUUACUGGGUUCAGUAGCGUGAGGUCUGGUUGCUGUUACUGGGUUCUGUAGUGUGAGGUCUGGUUGCUGUUACUGGGUUCUGUAGAUCCUUAUAAAAGCACUACUGUAGUGUAGUACUUCUCAAUGAGAAAAGCAGCACAGCUGACUCCAGAUCAGAAGAUUGACUGGUUGCUCUGCGGAAAAAGGGAAAAAGAGAGAAAACUUGGAGCAGCAAAAUCUGUGAAAUAUAAAUACAGGAAGGACAGAGUUCAACCUUCUACCUUCCUGUUGGACUCAGUUCAGUUCAAACACUCUGAAAUAUGUGACCCUGCCAAAGUAUAUUAGCUAGUUAUCACUGGCAAGUACAAGUGGCUUGUAUGUAUAAUAUUGUGUUACCCAAACCUUUAAUAACAUAACAUGAGUGAUUUCAUCUUAAUUAGGCAUUCAUUAUCACACCACUAUCAAAACACUAAUGUUUUAAUAAUGCAACAGGAAAGGAAAAGCAAAGGCGUUGUAUCAAUUAAAUGCACUAUAUCAAUCCCCAAAACUCUGCAGGGGAAGGAAAGACACAGCUAUUGUUGUUUUUGGGGUUCUUUACUAAUGACAAAACGGGCAGAGAGAGGCGAUCUAAUAAUUGAUGGUUAGCCCUAAGCUGUGAAGUCGUUACGGCCCGUGACGUAUUGUUUGUCUCUCUCUCUCUCUCUCUCUGUAUCCACGGGGAUAGAAUGGGGGUGUUUCGCUUAGCAACCAGCUUUAAUUAGGGGAGCAAUUAUAGAGGUUGAGCCCCACCCUCCCCCCUCUACCGCGGGUCUCCCCCCUGUCUGAGGGGGUCCCGCGGGACAGGGGAACUGGCGUCUGCACAGCCUACUCGACCCAACCCCAACAACUCGCUCAACCCAACCCAACAACCACUGAAGCAAUUCGUCUUCAAAAGCCCAAUCUGCAGCAGAGAUCCUGUCCUUAUGAAUCUAUGUUUGUAGUGGUGGUGUUCAGAUGAUCAAUCUCCUAAUCUGGAGUGUAUCUCCUCCAUCUUCCCUUUUAUUAAGUGAAGACCACAAAGAUCUAUAAAGUGUGUAUCGAUUGUGUUAGAGGGCAGAGGUCAGCCGUUGCUGGAUAGAAUUAUACAUUUAGUGAAGAAACAAUUCUAAGAUUUAAAGGAAGAAGUGUUAAACACCAGCUUCAAAUUUUUUGGUUGAAAGUAAUUUACAUUUUAAAAAUGGAAACAGCGCACCUUCUACAUUUUACAUUUUUGUCAUUUAGCAUACGCUCCUAUCCAAAGCGAUUUACUGUAGUGAGUGCAUACAUUUUUUCAUACUUUUUUCGUACUAGUACCCCAUGGGAAUCGAGACCACAACCCUGGCGUUGCAAAGCUCGACCAACUGAGCCACAAGGGACCUCUAAAACUCUAAAACACAGUCUCAUAUCACAGAGUCAAAUCUCAGACUACUGCUGUUUUAUUGUCUACCCAUCUUAGAGAGAGAGAGAGAGAGAGAGAGAGAGAGAGAGAGAGAGAGAGAGAGAGAGAGAGAGAGAGAGAGAGAGAGAGAGAGAGAGAGAGAGAGAGAGAGAGAGAGAGAGAGAGAGAGGGAUCUUACACAAUACACCAGCGUGAUCAGCAGCAGGAUAAACAGUCAUAAGGUAUAAUCCAAGUCCAGACACCAGCUAGCAGUGUGUAUGCUUUAGAUUGGCUACACAGUCUGUACAGGGAUAAGUGCCCAUUGACAAAAUAUAUAUACUCUGUUUAUCUGCAAUUCUUCCUCACUACUAAAACCUAUUAUCUACAUUUCGGCUAAAUAUAAUAUAUUCCCUCCUCUCACUCUAACAGGCCCUUACUCUCUCACCUCCACGUGUUCCUCCGUUCAUAAUGAGCCUGUAGUCUUCAGUAGUGUGUGUACAGAGCGCCUCAGCCAUCCUCCCCUGCCUCUACGCUCUACUGUGUGUGCUGUACUCAGGCGACCCGGCUCUCCUCGAGGCCCGCAGCGUGGAUCUGAUUUGCAUGCCAAGUGGCUGUAACGCUGUUAGGUCUGAUGCAAUAAAGACAAGCGGAUCCAGGCUGCAAGGCUUUAGCCAGUAAAGAGGAGCAGAUGGCCCUGGGAGAGGCAAAAAGGUAUAAUCCCAUCAGCAGCGGUAUCAACCUGACCAUCUGGAGCGCACCAACACAAUUACAAGACAUUUUAGCAGGCAGAACAAAGGAAGUCCUCAGUACGUACAGCACAGCAGGCAAGAUGAGACCUGUUGGAGUGUCUCAAUACUGGAGGGAUGAGGAGGAAGGUGGCUAAUGUGUGUUCCCAAUGACACCCUAUUUCAUACGAAGGGCACUACUACCCAUAGGUCCUGGUCAAAAGUAGGGCACUACAUAGGGGGGAAAAGGGUGGCAUUUAGGAUGCUGCCUAACACAGUGCCAUGUUGCCUUCGCAGAGAGGAGCGCUGAUUAGAGCUUCACACUGCGAGGCAGGCGCUGAACGCAGACAGAAGAACGAACCAACGCCUUUGUUCAGUAAACAAGACACAGGGGGACGUGGGGAGGUGAAAUGGGAGGCCGGGUAGGUAGUGGGUAGUCCGAACCAGACACAGGGGGACGUGGGGAGGUGAGCCAGGAGGCUGGGUAGGUAGUGGUUAUGGGUAGUGGGUAGUGGUUAUGGGGAGUGGGUAGAGGGUAGUGAGUAGUGGGAAGUGGGUAGUCUGUACCAGAUCUAUCUCCCGGAUCUCUCUCUCUUUCUCUCUUGGCUCCUCGUUGACUGUCCACUUCAAGCACAUAAAAGGUUGGCCCAACAAAGCCAGCGAUUCGUCGGAGUGUGACAAGUGAUAUUGAGAUAAGAGGCACAUGCAGCCGCCAAACGGCUUCCAGAAGCAUUGCCAUGAUGAGAAAAAUCCCCAGAGAGCUUGCAAGCAGGGAGUUAGUCGUUAGUUAGUCGUUAGAUAGUCAUUAGUUAGUCGUUAGCUAUUGAAUAAUACAAUAAAAUAGCCCACAACUGAGAUAAAAAUGGAGAGGAAAAAUUAGAUAAAUAUUGUCAAAUAUAUGAUAUACUAAAUAUAGGUCCUUUAUGAUUUUUUUAUAAUAUUAACAAAAAUUAUAAAACAAUCAGCCUAAUUAGAAUAAUGCUAAGUUGUAUCUAGCCUGGUAUUCCUGUAUGUUGGGUGAACUUGGCUUCAGAACAGCCUACCUAGCCUGGUAUUCCUGUAUGUUGGGUAAACUUGGCUUCAGAACAGCCUACCUAGCCUGGUAUUCCUGUAUGUUGGGUGAACAGCCUACCUAGCCUGGUAUUCCUGUAAGUUGGGUGAACAGCCUACCUAGCCUGGUAUUCCUGUAAAUUGGGUGAACAGCCUACCUAGCCUGGUAUUCCUGUAAGUUGGGUGAACAGCCUACCUAGCCUGGUAUCCUUAAUUGUAACACUACUAUGUACUAUGGGUGAAAACAGCCUACACCAGACUGGUCCUGCUCCAGCCCGUCCGUCUCUCCUUCUCUCUCUCGCUGGCUGCGUACGUCUGCUCUCUCCAAUUUCCAUCAUCUGCUUGAGAGCAUUGUGCACGUAUAUCAUUAGAUGGCUAACGCUGUCUGUGUAAUUUGGUUCGCCGUGCUCCCUAUUGAACACAUGUCCCCCCCCCCCCUCUAUAUGUGCAUUGUAGAUGUAUGCUAAUCACGGGCAGAAUGGAGAUGGCUCAUGCGCUGCUCAGACGUGGCUCGGUUUGGAGCAGCCCCGGCCCCCCAGCCUCGGCCCCCGUCUCCACGCUAGGUACCAACGGGGGAAGCGUUGCGAAUUUCGAGUUGGUGUGUGUAUGUGUGGCUGUCUGAGGCCCCAGCUGCCAGCCGGCCCCUCCUGUGCCUCUGCUCUGCCCAGUUCACCCCCCCCCCCCCCCCCCCCCCCAUCCCACCCAGCCUCUUCUCCCUAACCGCCCCCCGUCCUUCACCCCCCCCCCCCCCCCCCCCCCCCCCACCUGCCGCCCUUCACCCCCCCCCAACAACCCCCCACCACAUCCCACCCUUCCUUCCUUCAAUCCUUCCUUCUGUCCCUCCCUCCCUCCCUACCUCCCUCUCACCUACACAAAGUAAAUUUGUUUACUGUAAUUUUUGGUGAAUUAUUUGCUAUAAUUGGCAGCGCUGAUGAAGGUCAGUCCCUUUGAGGAGUCUUGUCUGUCUUUAGAGAUUUGAUGCUUUUUCAAACGCUCCUGCCCGCAAUUAAGAAAAGCAAAUGUCACUCGCAAGCCUCAGAAAUGAAAAUUUGUAUGAACUUAUUAGCAUGGAGUCAACAGUGCCAGUUAAGGGCAGGGCUCCCUCCCUCCCUCCCGUAGCGGUGUCUGUGUGUGUGUGUGUGUGUGUGCUCAUGGGCCCUCUGCUACACAGGGAGAUGCCCGUGGAAUGAGCAAAUACAACCUCGGCUAGUCCAACAUUAAAGCAAACAAAGACCUGGAGCCUUGUCUGGAGUGUUCAACACAACAAUACCUAAUGGUGAUUAACCUGGCUGGCUGACAGAGAGAUAGCUGAGGGAAAGAGCGGGGAAAUGAAUGCAUGAUGGGCAAUGAUUAUAUAGCCACAUUAUUGAUCAUAUGUAGGUCUUAUAAUUAUAACACAUUAUUAUUUUAUGAUUAUUUUAUCAUUUCUAUUUUAUUACCAGAAACAGUUACAUUUUAUCACAAUUUUUUUUUUUUACAUACAGUAUUUUUUUUUAGCGCCGGUUUUGUAUAAACUGAAUUACAAUGAUAGAAACAAUGCCGUCACAGUGGUACAGUAUGGUAGCCAGUUUAAACUCAGACACCUCAGGUACAACAACCCCAAUUACACUAAAAGGUUCUACCGAUUGCAAAAACAUCCUUUUGUGAAUUAUUUACGAGGCUUUGUGGCUUUUACAGUUAAAGGCACUGUUCCGUUGUCUCUCCUUCUAGCCAACAACAAUAAGAGAGAUGGACUGAAAACCCACAGGAGAAAAAAAAAAAUGAAAGAGCAGUUAAUGCAGAGGGUGGAGGAGCGGGAGUGAGAGUGAAGGAAAUCCAUAACUGUUAGUCACCUCCCUCCCACUGAACAUUUUAGCAUCAGGAAAUAGAGCAGGAGAACUGAGCUUUUUAAUGGCCGAAGUGUACAUCUUUAGAAUCUAGUCUCUUUGUACCAGAAUCUGCAUUCAGAAAAACCUCAUCAAAGCGGGCCAGAGGAAGUCUGGGUGUAGAAGAAGGUGUGGUAAAAGAGAGAGAGAGGGAACAUUCAAAUGGAGGGCUGGUAACGGCCCUCCGUCCCUGACUGGUCGACUCAGUGAGGGCUGCUGGUGGUCCGGAGCCUCAGUGAGGGCUGCUGGUGGUCCGGAGCUUGCUAGCACUCCUGUAAAGUCACGGGUUCUGCCGCUCUAGAACGCUCUCGCUGACCAUCUCCAACAGGCUGCAACACAUGCCCUUUUCAUUUCAUCUUGUUAAUCUUGUGAAAUCUCAAAAUGAAAAAAAUAAAAGUUGUUAUUACUGAAUGGUAAGGGUGUGUCCCUUGUUGUUAUUACUGAAUGGUAAGGGUGUGUCCCUUGUUGUCAUUAUGAAUGUAGGGUGGGGUCCCUUGUUGUCAUUACUGAAUGGUAAGGGUGUGUCCCUUGUUGUUAUUACUGAAUGGUAAGGGUGUGUCCCUUGUUGUUAUUACUGAAUGGUAAGGGUGUGUCCCUUGUUGUUAUUACUGAAUGGUAAGGGUGUGUCCCUUGUUGUUAUUACUGAAUGGUAAGGGUGUGUCCCUUGUUGUUAUUACUGAAUGGUAAGGGUGUGUCCAUUGUUGUUAUUACUGAAUGGUAAGGGUGGGCCAUUCUAAAUCGAAACUAAUUUUACAUAUUAGUAAAGACAAGAUUAAAUUGAGAAUAGUCUGAUGGGUGAAAAUAUGAUCACUUGAUGAGAGAACAGCUGUGCAGCCUGAGGCAAGGAACAGAGUGCAAGCUUUUUUUUGCUGCUUUCUCAAAUCAUCAAUAUCCUCUAGUCGCAUCAUGCAGCCCAUAUAUCUUUAGAUUUCUAAGACAUUCUCAGGUUUGCAUCAUUCAGAACUAAAGCUGCCAAAUAACUCUAAAUCUAGUGUAUAGGACCUGUUUUAUAAUGAUCACUUUUACGCUCGACAUUUCCGCUUCCUAUGCGCACUCGCUCAGUAGUGGGAAAACAUCCUUUCUAUUUUUAUUCAGCUAAGUUCAAUUAUAUUCUUCUUACUAUAAAAUCAUAUAAUAUAAAAUAAUGGCACAGGACUUACAGUAUAGGCCUAUCUUGUCAGCUAAAUGAACAAGCCUACAGCCUAUGGCAUGGAGCAUAGCCAGAUAACAUACAGUAGGCCAACUCAUAUUCUGUUCUUCUUCAUAUCAUAAUGCUUCUUUAGACCUGCCUGAAAUAAAUCAUGGAUUUAUUGUGAUGGUGUAUAUUAAAUGGAUUUAUUAGACUUUUUUUUAUGUAGAUGUUCCAAAGGUCGUCCAUCAGUGGCUUGUAUGUAUGGAGACCUGGAGAUGCUAAAUGUGUUUAUGUUAAUUAACGUCAAUUACCAUGAGAACUGGCAUGACAAUAACUGGCUGACAAAAUGUCAUGACCGCCACAGCCCCUAGUAACAGCCAUAUUUACCCUGACACACCAUUUGCUACAGCAAGCCAUUUUUUCCUCAGGAUUUCCGUAGCUAGAACAAACCAAUAGUCUGUUGGCCUUUUGCCUUGUAAAAAAACAAAACAAUUUAAUGGGUUUUCUCUUUAACCACACGAGUAAUGCCCGGUCCGAUGUAGGAUCUGGCUCUUCAGCGCCUGGUGUUUAGUUGUGUUGUUCGUGCUAUGAUCAGCGGUGUAACAGACGUGGAGCUAGGUCCUAAAUCCUCUCCGUUGUUCUGUCUGUUACAAGCAGCCACCCCUUGCAUCAAAGCCAUCAGCCCCAGUGAAGGAUGGACCACGGGAGGAGCCACAGUCAUCAUCAUAGGAGACAACUUCUUCGAUGGCCUCCAAGUCGUGUUCGGGACGAUGCUUGUGUGGAGUGAGGUAAGAAGAAGCCUUUGA